GGCAUGUCCUGGCUGCUGUGGCUUCUUCAAAUACCAUUUUCCUGAUGGAGAGCUCUGGCUGGGGAUUGCCUCUCCCCCACAGUCAGGAUGGAUCUGCUCUGAUGGAUCUGCUCUUAAGUAAAGCUUUGCAAAAACUGACAAGUGGCACAUCAGAUCUCAUGAAUUUGGACCACUUCCAGGCCUGACAUCCAGAAACUCAUCCCUAUAGGUGGUAAAUAUAAACAGCCUUGGGCUGGCUUAUUCCUAAUCCUGAGAGUCUGCUCAUCCUCCUUGAUGUGGGAGGCCAUAUGCACAUAGGACCUGUUGACCCAUUAAAAGUGAACCUUAAAGGCUGGUUGCAAAGGAGGAAGCAUGGUAAAGGCAGCAUCUUUCCAGGAUCCAUGGGCUCUUUGAGAGAUGAUCAGAGGGAGGCCAGAUGAUCUGCACAACACGCACGCCACUGUUUCUUCUCUGCAAAGGCAGCAUCGGAGCAUUCUCCCCAGCCCUGCGCCCCACGGUGUGCCCGAUCGUUUCCGGAUGUUUCGCAGCUGCGAGUGGGAGGUCCUGGAACGAUCCCUCAAUAUCCUCCAGGCCAGCGACUUCUACUGGGGCCCCUUGUCCGUGGGGGAGGCUCAUGCCAAGCUCCAGCGGGAACCUGUUGGCACCUACUUGGUGCGGGACAGCUCGCAGGGGAACUGCUUGUUCAGCCUGAGCGUGCGGAUGCCGACGGGACCUGUCAGCCUUCGGAUCUCUUUCCAGGAGGGCUAUUUCCGCCUGAAGAACUGGUUUGCAGACUGUGUGGUCCGGCUGCUGGAGCUGGUAGUGGCAGGGACGCGGAACAACCCCUUGCACUUUGAUGAGAUGGGGGGAACUCCCCUGGUUUUCUCUGAGCCCCUGUGCCGGAGCCGCCGGGCAGUGCCUACACUGCGAGAACUGUGCUGCCGGAGCCUGCCCGCUGGUGCCACAACAGGAGAUGGAGCAGAGCUGGGGGGCUCCUGGGAGAUGCGCCCGAGAGAGGAGGUGUUCUCACCCCCAAGCGGAAGGGGAGGGUCGGAGAGGAGUGUUGUCCCUAGCCCCUCUCUGUCCUGGGCUGGGAGAUGAUGCCUUGUGCAUGAGAGAUGAAGAAAGGUGCCUGCUACAUGGCUGUAGCGGGUGAGAUGCACGCCGUGCCGGUGAGGCUGGACUGCUGCUGGGAGAGGAAGGAGAGGGCAAGGGGGUAGGGCUUGAACCUGCUGGCUGUGACAGCUGUGUCCUUGUACGUGCACGGUGUGUGUGGCCUUCCCCAGAGAUGCCUGGGGUAAAACCAAACCUGAAAAGCAGAGAUUUCCCCCUCCUCCAAGUCCUGCUCUGCUCCAUUUAUACCUUAUAAGCUUGAGAAGGUGAGUUGCCUGUCCUCCCAGGUCAGCCCUGUGUUUACCACAAAGUGCCUAAGCUCAUUUCUGCUGCAAAUCUGCCCUUGUGAAGUGGUGCGGCUGAGUCCAGUCCCACAGUAGUGCAGCUCGGGCAUUGGUGGGCAUGACCCCUGUGCUGACCAGAUAACCGUGGAGCAAGAGCACGUUUCACUCCUUGAAGCACACAUGUGAUGCCUGUCACUUCAGAAGCCAACAUUUGCACUGGAGGGAAACUGUUGCAGCCAUGUACAGCUUCACUGGCUUUUGCGUUGCUUUAUUUGAACAGAUUUUUGGGAGUGCAUAUGAGUUACUUUAUACUAAGGGCAUGGUGUUCCCGCGGAGGUAACCCUUGCCUGGAGAGUGCGGUCUGCCCUGGGAGGAUGUGAAGAGAUGGGAUCCAGUGCCCGCCCUUAUGCUCAUCUGAUAGUAUGCUGCUGCCAUCUAGAGAAUAUAAAAAGAUUUUUUGGUUUUGCCUUCAAAAAGGCAAAGAAUUUUUUAUAUAGGACUUAAAA